CUUCAAAUGAAAACUGUGCCUUUAAGGGAUAGGCGAGGCCCUGCAACAUUACGUCACGGGCUCCGCCGCCAUUCCUCUGCCCAGACGGUUAGAAGUGUUUUGUGUACGGCCUCUCUAGCUUGCUAGCAGCACAGACCGGCAAAAUCAUGGCAUCCCUUUCAAUGGCUCCCGUGAAUAUCUUCAAACAUGGCGCUGACGAGGAGAAGGCCGAGACCGCUCGUAUGUCCUCCUUCAUCGGGGCCAUCGCCAUCGGGGAUCUUGUGAAAAGCACCCUGGGACCCAAAGGAAUGGACAAAAUCCUAUUGGGCGGUGGCAGAGAAGGCUCAGUUACAGUAACCAAUGACGGAGCCACGAUCCUCAAGGCCAUCGGAGUGGACAAUCCCGCUGCCAAGGUGCUGGUCGACAUGUCCAAGGUGCAGGACGAUGAAGUGGGAGACGGCACCACCUCCGUCACUGUGCUGGCUGCUGAGCUCCUGAGGGAGGCGGAGCUUCUCAUUGCGAGGAAGAUCCACCCCCAGAUCAUCAUCGCUGGGUGGAGGAAGGCCACACAGGCUGCCCGCGAGGCCCUGAAGGAGGCCGCCGUGGAUCAUGGGAACGACACUGAGAAGUUCCAGGAGGACCUCCUAAACAUCGCCCGCACCACCCUGUCCUCCAAGCUGCUCACCCACCACAAGGACCACUUCUCCCGGCUGGCAGUGCAGGCCGUCCUGAGGCUCCGGGGCUCCGGGAACCUGGAGGCCAUCCACGUGAUCAAGAAGCUGGGCGGCAGCCUGACCGACUCCUACCUGGACGAGGGCUUUCUGCUGGACAAGAAAAUCGGUGUGAACCAGCCCAAGAGACUGGAGAAUGUCAACAUCCUUAUCGCCAACACCGGCAUGGACACCGAUAAGAUCAAGGUCUUCGGGUCCCGCGUGCGGGUGGACUCCACAGCGAAGGUGGCCGAGAUCGAGCUGGCCGAGAAGGAGAAGAUGAAGGAGAAGGUGGAGAGGAUUCUGGAGCACGGCAUCAACUGCUUCAUCAACAGACAGCUGAUCUAUAACUACCCGGAGCAGCUUUUUGCGGCAGCGGGAGUGAUGGCCAUCGAGCACGCUGACUUUGUGGGAGUGGAGCGGCUGGCUCUGGUCACAGGGGGAGAGAUUACCUCGACCUUCGACCACCCUGAGCUGGUGAAGCUGGGACACUGCAAGCUGAUCGAGGUGGUGAUGAUCGGAGAGGACACACUCAUACACUUCUCUGGAGUGGAGAUGGGUGAGGCCUGCACCAUCGUCCUGCGUGGCGCGACGCAGCAGAUCCUGGACGAGGCGGAGCGGUCACUGCACGACGCACUCUGCGUGCUCGCCCAGACCAUCAAGGAGACACGCACCGUCCACGGUGGAGGAUGCUCUGAGAUGCUGAUGGCCAAGGCGGUGACAGAGCUGGCCAUUAGGACGCCGGGGAAAGAGGCCAUGGCCAUGGAGUCCUUCGCCAAAGCCCUGGCCAUGCUGCCCACCAUCAUCGCAGACAACGCCGGCUACGACAGCGCAGACCUGGUGGCCCAACUGAGAGCUGCACACAUGGAGAACAAGAGCACCUUCGGCCUGAACAUGAGCCAGGGCGUGGUGGGGGACAUGGUGGAGCUGGGCAUCACAGAGAGCUUCCAGGUGAAGAGGCAGAUGCUGCUGAGCGCCGCUGAGGCCGCGGAGAUGAUCCUGCGCGUCGACAACAUCAUCAAGGCCGCGCCCAGAAAACGAGUGCCAGACCACCACCCAUGUUAGUGACCCCAGGACAGAGGAGAGUGGCAUGGGGGGCGGGCUGUGGGGAGGGGGAGGCGUCUUUAUUUAUCACCUCAGGCCAUCGCCAAGCCAGGGGCCUUCCCGUCACAAGCACGGGGUCCUUCAUUUACUGUCAGGCAUUCUCUCCGGGCUGCACUAUUGAAUAAGGUUCAAUAAUAAGCACUUCCUUGAUUACAAGCACUCAAGUAGCUGUUUGUUACACAUCAACAGAUUCAUGCAGAAUAAAUAAAGGUUUAUAAUCCAAUAAACCAGUGAAUGAACUCACCAAUAUGCUUUUACCAAUAUGUUCCUGUACCGGUAUUAUUAACGGCUGAAGGGAAGUCCUGGAAGGGUGGAAUCCACGUCAUCUGAGAAGUCCUUCUAUUAAUGUUAAGUGAUGCUUAGAAGUCCUCUAUUAGAAUGUAAUGAAUGCCUGCUUUUUGUGUACGUUUUUUUGUGUGUGUGUGUAAAGUUAAAAUGCAGCUUUCAUGAAGUUAAUUAUUGAACGUUAUUCUUGUCAAUGCGUUGUGUGUGCAGGCCCUGGAUUUGUUGUCCCAGUAAAUUUCCAAUGUUCGAGGAAUGGCGUUGCCUACUUUGUUUACUGAAAUAAAAACCAAUAGUCACAAA